CGCUAUGUCCGGCAGCAGCUGCACCUUCGCGGAGCGGUUCGUGUCCCUGCUGUGCUGCCGGUUCUGCCGGGAGGUGCUGAGCUCCCGGGGCAUGAAGGCAGCGCUGCUGGCGGGUACCGGUACCGACACCGGUACCGACACCGAGCUCUACUCCACAGACCUCCCGCCCUCGGGGACUGUUGGGUUCAUCGGGAGCUGCUAUUUCACUGACACCUGCAAAUGCAAACUGAAGAACAUCGCCUGCCUCAAGUGUGGCAAUAUUGUUGGUUAUCAUGUCAUCUCUCCCUGCAAACCCUGCCUGCUCUCCUGUAACAACGGCCACCUCUGGAUGUUCUACAGCCAGGCAGUCUUUGGCAUCAACAGGCUGGACCCUUCUGGUGUCAAUGUGUUGCUCUGGGGCAACUUGCCAGACCUGGAAGAAAGCACAGAUGAAGACACAUCCUGCAUCUCUGAGGAGGAGUAUAUCAGAUAAAUGUUAUCUACAAUAUACCAACAAUACCUUCCCUAGAAUCACUGCAUUCCUCUUUGCUUUGGAUUUCUUCUUUCCUUGCCUGUCAGAACCUAACCAAUAUAGGAAACCCAGAAAUCUGGAAAAAGAUCUUAAAAAAAUGAAGAUAUCAUCUUCCUCUUUCACUGGGACCUUCCUGAGACUCUUGAACCUGCCUGGUGUGGAAAUUCUGAGUGGAGACACUUUGGUUGGCUCUGGAAAUGGAGCUGGAAGGUGCCUUUGCUGAGCUCUAGAUCUGUUUUCCUUUCCCUUUGAAGUCUCAGCAGUUGCUAAUUCUUCUUAACCCCAUUUCUCUUCUCUCCUGAAACAGCCUUCACAGAGCAGUCUUUCAGUUGCUGCAAGUUUCUUAAAAAUCUUAAAAAAUAAUUUGGGUGAUGAAGUUCUGAAAGAAGUCUGGGUUUGUGCCAUUGCCUGGAGCUUCAAACCUGGGCAGAAAGUUGCUGAGCAAGAGGCUCAGAGUCCUGGAGGUUUGGCUCCAGCAUCUGCCUCUUGCUUUUUACCUGGGAUGCUGGGAUCCUGCAUCCCACUUUUACCAUCCUGCUGGGAUGCUCCUGGCUCUGGAAUUCUCUUACAGAGUCAUCUUCCAGGAUCAAGUUUCUGUAGAGAUCAAGUCAAAGAGUGGGCAGCCCUCCAAAACAGAGCUCUGUCAUCUGAUUUCUUUUUAGAGAAAGAAAAAGAGGAAUCAGGGUAAAUUUUUGGUAUUCUGAAUAUUUGCAUCCUGAAGGCUACAAUCUGGUUCCUGUAAGAAGUAAUGGAUACAAAGCUCAUUAAUGGAAACAGCCCUAGUAUUUAAUUAUGAAUUAAAUCCUUCCCCCUUCAGCUCAUCACCUGAAGCAUCACUUCCAGACCACUCAAGGUACAGUCACAUAAGGGAAGAGAGUACAAUUUUAUAUAGGGAUUGAAGCUGAAUAAAUUGUUCUGUAGCUUCUUGUGAUGCUUGGUAGGGGUGCAAUGAAGGCAAUGCUGAAUUUUCCUGCUGUUCUUACAUGUGAUGUAUUUCUUAAUUAACUGCACUACCUCUUCUCACUGUUUAAAUGUAUAUUGGUGUAUAUAUGAGUGUCUGUGUGUCUUGAUUGGACUGCCUGUGUGAUGUCUGCUCAUUAAAUUUUAGAUUAAAAAGAUGGAUUGUAAAAAAGAUGGAUCUGUAAUGAUAUUAGAUAAAACAAUGAAAUAAAAUCUUGUAUUGAACCAGGUGAAUAA